AUGCAAGAGAAUGCGCCAACGAUUUCGUCGCCGCUGAAUCCCGAGGUUAGGGCGCGUUCACAGCGCGAGCGCAAAGAGACAGCCAAGAAGCGCGAGGCCACACGCGGUACCACUCCAACAGUGCCAUCCAAACGCAAGGCUCCUGGCCCCUCAAAUGGCCGCCAUGCUGUUGCUCAAACCGCUCCAUCUCCUAUGCGCUACCAGAUCCCCCCGCCAAAGACAUCCGACUACGAUCCACCCAGACCGCCCAUCUUCACUUCGCACGAACCUCUACCCUAUAUCACACCUGAUGGCAAGACGGAGCUCAAGAAAGUGACAGACCAAGCCGAGAACAAGCGCGCAUACCGAUACACCCUAGCCGUGGCAGACCCUAACUUCCGACACAAGCAGUUCUAUCGCCAGUCAGAUGGCUUGCCUUAUGGAGCCCGCAUGUCCUUCGAAGAUGCCGACCGUUCAAUACACUACGAUACUAGCGGCCACAUCGUGACAAAUGGCAAAGGAUGGCGCAUGGCGAGAGCCAACGUCUGCGCCCGUGAGGGUUCGCUCUACUACGAAGUGCGUGUCGUGCGUGGUGUGCCCACUGUCCAGUCAGAAGACGCCAAGGGACCCCAGCCACAUGUACGAGUUGGAUGGGCACGUCGAGAAGCUCCUCUAGAUGCCCCAGUCGGAUUCGAUGGCUACAGCUACGGCAUCAGCGAUCUGCGUUUCGAGCCUAUGCACCGUAGCAGGCCAUCCAAGUUCUUUCACCCCAAGACAUCAAAGAACAAGACCAACACGCCAAUCCAGCUCGACGACAGCAUCCGCGAAGGUGACGUUGUCGGUCUUGAGAUCACUCUCCCCUCACUGGGCCUGCAUCAAAAGGUUGUCGAGGGUCACUACAACCCUGCUGUCGAUCUCGGCGACGGCUUUGAAGAACAACCACCGGCUCCCGAUCCUUCUGUUGAACCUCAUCAUAUCAUCCGUGAUCGGAUUCCGGUACCUUACAAAGGCAAUGUUUACUUUGAGAUUAUGGAUUAUGUCUCAACCAAACCUGUCGAGGCAUAUGCAGACCGCACCUUGUCUUUGACCUCUUUAUCUACACCUGCCCCUGGCGCCCCGACCUCCAUCAAAUCACAACCUGGCCCUCAUCACCAAGACCCUCCACUCCGUACUCUGCCCCACAGCAACAUCCGUGUCUACAAGAAUGGUCAACUGAUCGGCACUGCCUUUGAGAAUCUUUUGGCUUUCCUGCCCCCAGCUAGUCAGGUCAGCAAAGCUCAGGGCGCACGCGAAGGUUUCGAUGAUGGCAUGCUUGGAUACUUCCCUGCUGUCGCCUGUUUCAGUGGCGGUAUUGCCGAGCUCAACUUUGGCGAGAAUGGCUUCUGGAACCCUCCACCUCACAUCAAACCUGCUCCCGCGCUUGCCGACCCUUCAGACUCGAAUAACAGAUUCUACCCUGGUCGUUCUCUGAGACCUAUCUCUGAAAGGUUCAAGGAACAGAUAGCUGAAGAUAUUGUUUGGGACGUGCUCGACGAAGUCGACUUCUUCAGUCAAGAUGGUGGGUUUGAUCGUAAAGUCGGCGCUGGUGCAAAUGCUGUCAAGAAGGGCGUUGCCAGCUUGAAGGAGGAGAUGGACUAG